AUGGACAAAGUUCUCAAUAAAACAGUCAAUGCUAUAGCACGAUUCGGUGAACGUCUUGAACGACGUCUUUCGAACAACGAAAGUGAUGAUUCAGAUUUUCAGCCAUUAAGAUCAUAUUCUAUGUUCCCAAGUGCUAGAUCAGAUUUUUAUCGUCCAUUAGAUGGUAGAAAUAAUCAUAAACAUAAAGUAUACUCAUCAAAACAACGAAAUUUAAGUUAUGGUCAUGCAAGAAAUUAUUCUUCGGAUAAUUUAGCUGCUAGUCAUGGAUAUAGAAGUUUUCAGAAUUACCGACAAAGUCCAAUGAUUGAUUCAUCUAGCGACGAUUUAGAUAGAUCACCUUAUGGAAUUGGUAUUGGCGGUCUACCAAAUGAUGGUUAUCAUUCAAAUUAUGGUGCCUAUUCAGGAGGAUAUCCUAAUCCAUCAUCAAAUAUGCCACAUGGUUUCUAUCCUGGCAAUGUAGCCUAUGCUCCUAAUUAUUAUAUUGCUGAACGACGACAAGUUGAAUUAGUUCCUGCGCCACCACCACAAAUUAUUCGAGAACGGGUUCCAGUUCCUGUUCCAGUCGAUCGUCCAGUACCUCAACCUUAUCCAGUUGAAGUACCAAAAUUUGUUCCAGUUGAUCGUCCCGUUCCAGUUCCGGUUCCAUCACCAGUACCUGUCGAUCGGUUAGUUCCUGUUCCUGUACCAGUUCCUUCACCACCAGUUUGUGUUCCAGUUCCUGUUCCAUAUUAUGUACCUGUUGGUGUUCCUGUUCCAUCACCACGAGCAAGUCCUGUCAUGUUUGAACAGUCAGUUACUCAUACUCAACGUUGGACUACUGGUUCACCGAUCAUGAUGAAUCAACAACAGUAUUAUGUUAGUUCACCUGCUAUUGGAAUGAAUCCCUAUGUAUCCUAUGGCUAUGGUUCAUUCAUUCGUUAA